AUGGUAAGUUUCGGCGCAUGCGCUAACGUCACAUCUUACGUAUAAAUCCACGUCUAAACAAAAACUUGUUUAUGCGAAUAGACCGGCAAGUAACUGUCAUUAUUUUAAAAUGAGUUCUUGGAUGCAAUAUAUUAAAUCUAUCCCCACGCAUAUGGACUAUGAUGGUCAAGCGCGAGCAGAAAAGUUAUCAAGAGUCAUCAUAACACUAUUUGGGGUGGUUGGAUUAAUUUGGGGAUAUGUUAUUCAUCAAUUUUCACAAACAAUGUAUAUACUUGGCGCAGGAUUUGUACUAGCAGCUUUGAUCACAGUACCACCUUGGCCUAUGUAUCGUCGUAAACCUUUGGAUUGGCAAAAGCCACAAUCUGAGGUUACAGUUAAGCAGAAAAAGAAGAAAUAAUUUGUUGCCACUUGUAAUUGUACUUAACAAUAUUUUGUUACAAAGUAUUAUAAUAAUACUUGUUGGUCCAAAGGAAAAAUGUUUCAGAUAUUACUUUUUAUUGAAAAACAUAUAUUUAUGAUUGUAUAAUUUAUUAAGAUUGUAAUAAGAAGGAUUACUGCUUCUAACGAUUGUAUUACGAUUAUAUUAGUCGUCAAACUUUAUCAAUUGAAAUAAAAAGAUUUUACUAGAUCGAU